CGUGAAGUCAUUUCUGCAUUUGUUUGGUGUGUCUUGCGGUUUGAUGGAAUCUUCUGGAGAAAAGAAUUACUGUAUCRUCAUUACCGAUACUCUUUUCUACUAUUACAACGGUAAUUACAACAGACACUGAAGUUAUUGUUCACUGUUCGGUACUACAAUAUCAUYUUURACCAAUAUCUUGCUCCCAUAUCCAUUGCCACUUGMAUAUCUAAUUACCUAGGCAAUCAUGUUUCGCUUGACUAUGCUUCUCUCGGUCUUUCUGGCCCUCCUUGCCGCCUUGACAAUGCCACAAACGGCGAUGGCACGAACGGUGUCGAUGUCUUCUACACGCUCGGCACUUUCGGUUGGUACUGUGAUGGCCCUUUCUUCAUUCGCUGUCUUUGCAGCAGACUCAGAAGAUGAUGAUGACGACGUUUAUGAUGACGAAGACGAUGAAGAUGAAGAUGAUGAAGACGACGAAGAUGACGAUGAUGAAAUCGUCGAAGGCGAACUCUAGGCCCGAAUCCCAUCGUGGUUCCCAAUGACAAGCAAUGUUAUGGUUCACUUUCUUUUAGAUGUAAAGCAAUUGAUCUCAACAAGACAAGAGAGCAUUACGUUGCCGUGUUYSACGGAUUUUAGAUACGAAAASCCAUGCGGUGCCAACUAUCGGCCCCUACGGAUAGAUAUAACAUAWAU